AAGACAUUGUCCUUUUUCCCCCCACGACGACCAGUUGGUGGCGACAGCGAAACCGAAAACCAUCAGAUGGGGAAGAAGAGCCGGCUUCCGGUACAGCGGUGGUUAUGCGUUGUGCUGUACUGCAUGUCGCGGAAUGUCGCGAUAAACACAUCGAUUACAUUAAUCUUUAAGCGAAGACGCCAUCGUCAAGGUCCUUGUUUUUGCCUCCGAGCCGCCGCCAUCGCUGCUGUCAUGGGGACGACGAUGAGCGAGCCUUGCAUUUACGACAAGCUGUCAGAGAGCAUCGACAUCCUCCGCCAGUCAGGCUACCGCUACGGGAUGUCAGAGCGGGAGAUCGAGCGCUUCAUCAAGCGGAUGCUGGAAAGCAACGAGCCCAGGAGAGAGCCGCCUCAGUUCCCCAUCCUCAGGGCCACCAUCAAGUUUACGUUGGCAGUGGGCUUCUUGCUCGUCGUGGUCUUGGCCUUCUCGUACCCUCAGAGCUCCCCACAGUUGGGUCUGGUCCAUUUGGGGUCCUACAACUGGUCGUCGCCCCUCAGCCACGUGCGCCUGCUGUCCUUGCCCAUUGCCAAGAAAUACAACCUACAAGGGCGGCCAGUCCCUCAGCAUCACGCGGCCUCAGCUGGAGGAGCUCUACUUGGCCCAUUCGGGUUCUGUGUCUGUUCUGCUCGAAGACGACGACGGUGUGCAGCACCUGAGUGCUGGCCUCCCGCAAGGACCUGCCAACUUCACCUUGCUUUGGAGGUUCCGCUCGGCCGCCAGAGAGAAGGUGCUGAGGUGGCUCUUUCCCAAGGCGCAGCUCUGCCCUCUGCUGGACAGUGGUGGGAGCGUCUUGCAGCGCUGCUUGGUCACUCACAGCAGCAAGUCCCAGAGCAGGGGUGUGGCUGUCUUGGGCUGGCUGGUGGUGGGGGAGGGGCUGCCCACGGUGCGAGUUGUUCCUGUUCAACGCUGCCAGAAACACUGCAGCUCCUUCAACUUGUGGCUCAACCCCGGAGACAUGGUGUACGCCGACCCUCGCUAUUGGCAGAUGGAGCUCUUCCCCGGACGAGGCCAGAACAUUGUGUGCGACGGCUCCACCUUUUAACGCUCAAGGGGACUUCCUGCUGGAGCCUGGCGGCGCUCUUCUGGGAGGCUCCGCCCACUGAUGUCUUACAAGAGGACGUGGCUUUGGUCUGGUUUGAACAAGCUCAAUGUGCCAUAGUGGACAUGGAGACUUUCACCUGUUGCACAAAAUACAAAGCUGCUUCUCGUAAAUUAUUGAUGUUGUUGGAUGUACGUUCCAAGCUGCUCUUGGUGGUCGUCAGUGGAGACGACUCAUGGGACCAAAAAUAUUAAAUGAAUAAAUCACAAAUAUGCAUCUGCCUUUUUUUAAAAGGCCUUUGUGUUUUAUUGUCCGCACAGUUGAAUACUGCUUGAUUAAUCCACAUCAAGGUUUUAAUUAGAAAGAUAAAUAACUGAGGUUAUUUUCAGCAUUUUAGUGAAAGACACAUUUAAAAAGGUUCAUUAUGUCUUCUUAUUCAUAUACCUUUUCAGAUUUUCUUGUGAUCAGACCAUAUUUUCGGUAUAUUAGAUGGAAUUUUUACCUGACAUGUUUAAACUGUCAUCUGCAGUCUUCUUCAGAAGCAACAAACAAAUUCAAACGAUUGAUUAAGGAGGCGAUUGAAUUAAGGAAGCGGCCCAAGGAAACCAUUAAUCGGGAUUCAUGCUCUCGCAUACCUGGGACUCAUUAGCUGCAUUGCU